GGCGACAUGGCCCCAGCGUUGGCAGCCCGAAGCGCAGCGAACCAGGCGCACAACCGCGCCGUCAUCAUGAAGCUCGCGCUCUUCACGGUGCUCAUGUUCCUCGUGCCCAUUGCGACCUACUAUGUCCUGCACGACACACUCCUCGCGGGCUGGGAGAACCGCACCAUGUGGAGCGGCUUUGGGGCCAUUGGCAUGGUCAACGUCGUUAUCUUUGUCUAUAUCCUUGAGGCCUUCCGCGAAGACGCCGCUGCAAGUAGCAAGGAGACGGUGCCCGCUGUCGGCAAGUUCAAGAAGCAGUAGUUGCGCGAUGCAGCUCGUAAGAUGAAGACGAUAUCACGAUUAAUAUCGCAUGUCGACGACGCGGGCGUGCGCCGCAUGGGACCACACGA